CUAGUGCGUAAGAGCAGAAAUGGAUAAAUCCAGACCUUUGUGGGACAAUCAUUUCCAGUUUAUAUUUGCCUGUAUUUCUUAUGCAGUAGGUCUUGGAAAUGUUUGGCGGUUUCCUUAUUUAUGCCAGAUGCAUGGAGGAGGUGGAUUUUUAAUCCCAUACUUGAUUAUGUUAAUUGUGGAAGGAGUGCCAUUGUUAUUCUUGGAAUUGGCAGUGGGACAAAUUAUGCACCAAGGGAGCAUUGGCACAUGGAAUGCUAUAAGUCCUUACCUCUGUGGAGUUGGAAUUGCCAGUGUUGUUGUGUCAUUUUUCCUCUCCAUGUACUACAAUGUUAUAAAUGGCUGGGCAUUUUGGUAUCUUUUCCAUUCAUUUCAGGAUCCUUUGCCAUGGGCAAGCUGUCCACUGAAUAUUAACCACACAAACUAUGAGGAAGAAUGUGAGAAAGCAACACCCACUCAGUACUUUUGGUACAGGAAAACCCUUAAUAUUUCUCCAUCCAUUGAGGAAAGUGGAAGCAUCCAAUGGGAACAAGCAGCUUGUCUCAUUCUGGCAUGGCUAGUGGUCUAUCUGUGUAUUCUGCGUGGAACAGAAUAUACUGGCAAG